CAUGCACACACACAUCUUGCAACACAGCAAGAACCUGAGUCAGGAUGGCCAUCUAGCAGCAACAACGGAUACGAACAGCCACCGCCAACCAACGUUUUAGCCCUCACGGUAUCGGGCAAGAUUGCGACCCGCAUCGCAUCCUCUGCACCCUCGAGUGUCAAUCUGUCGUCAAUAUCGACCGGGUAAACACCCGAAUGCUAACGCUUCUUCCGCUCGACGCCGGGAUAGGCCGUCUGAGCGAACGAUCGAUGACUUGAAUGCGUUCCACUCGCCAAGAGACGCGCCAGGUUCACAGAGCGAGGCGUGUCAUCCUGACGGUAGUCAUCGCCAGCAACAAGGCAUACGACGAGGACAGGCCUGCAGGCAGGGCCGUAUAACGAUCCAGCAAAUAUCCUAUCAAAGAAAGAGCCGCAUUACGCCAGAUCGAAGCCUCAUAUAACACUCGCAAAGGCGGCAUCGAUAGCGUGUGAUCGCUGUCCAAGAUGACCUCCAUCCUGAAUUCCAUCAUCCAAUUCUUUCGAUCUCUGCUCUUCUCCAAACACCUCGAGAUAUGCGUUGUCGGCCUACAAUCCGCAGGCAAGACGUCGCUGGUGAACCUGCUUAGCUUGGGACAAUUCAGCACCGAGAUGGUGCCUACGAUUGGAUUCAACAUGCGCAAAGUAUCGAGCGGGAAUACCACCAUCAAGGUUUGGGAUAUCGGAGGCCAGCCAAGAUUCCGAAACAUGUGGGAACGAUAUUGUCGCGGAGUGUCCGCGGUUGUCUUUGUCGUAGACUCGGCACUGCCGCUACCAUCUGACAAUGGCGAUGGUGCGGAUGGGAUCAGCAAAGAGGCUUCCACUGGCGCGGGCGAUAGUGGUGGCGCUGAUUCUGGCCCCACCAGUAUGCACUUGCACAACCCAUGGGUCAUCGCAACGGAUGAGCUCCACGCACUGAUCUCGCGACCGCAGCUGGCUGGUAUACCUUUACUCGUGCUAGCGACCAAGAAUGAUGUUGCCAGUGCAGCGCACGUGGAUGACGUCAUCCGUGUUAUGCGGCUCGACACGAUCACCGGUCGCGAGGUAAGCUGCUACAGUAUCUCGAGCAAGAACCAAGUAAACAUUGACGUGACUCUCCGCUGGCUUUGCGCUCGCUCUCCGCUCAGUCAGCGAUGACAAUCAAGGUUUCAAGCACAGCCGUUCCGCCAAUUUUCUUCCUGUGGGAGCUCAGUGAUGGGAAGCAAGCGAUCCGCCGCUUUCAUUGCUGUGGGCGACCCUCCAUGUAUCAUAGACGCGGCCCCCGCCCUUUCUUUUCCUGCUGCUGACAAGACCCCUUGCAAUAAGUGUCGCAUACACUUGUACCCUUAGCAUACAGCUGCGCUGGCGUAACAGCGUAUCGCGCUGCGAAAAUUCCAGUUUACGUGCCA